AUGAGUUAUAUUAGUAAAUGUGAUUGCGGUAAAUUAAGUUCUUCAAUGAAUGAUUUAAAUUGGAGUAGACAUGUUAACUCAUGUAAAGUACGAAAAUUUAAAAGAAACUCACAUGACAUAAAAUCUUUUUUUUCUGGAAGCAAUAAAAAAAGCAAAUUGACUCACCAAAUUACUGAUGCAAAAAAUACUCUUGUUGAUUUAAAUGAAGAACCAGUACAUAAAGAAUCUUUGAUUAAAUCUGAACUUCAACAAGAUACUGAGAUAAAUACAUGUUUGGAAAAAAAAGCUCUUGUUGAUUUAAACAAUGAUUUAAAUGAAGAACCAGUACAUAAAGAAUCUUCGAUUGAACUUGUCGAAUGUGAACUUCAACAAGAUACUGAGAUAAACACAUGUUUGGAAAAUAAAGGUAUAUACUUAUAUUAUUCAUCAUAA